AUGUCAGUGCGAAAUGGGACAGUUAGUGAAAGAGCUGAUGAGAAUUGUGACAAUGACUUGGAAAAUGACGAAAAUGACAUUUUUGAUUUGACUUUUCCUACACCUACAAGUGAAAUAAACCUGACUGUGGAAUAUGCAGAAGUUGUUAAGAAGGUACGAAAAGUAGUAAAACUAUUUAAAAAUUCACCUACUAAAAACGAUCUGCUGCAGACGUAUAUGACAAAAGAUAUGGGAAAAAAUAUUGCUUUAUUGUUGGAUUUGAUUACUGCGGAAACUACUUUGAGAUUUAUUAUUAGCAAACUGAUAAAUAUUAAUAAACCGUUAGUCCGAAAACUUGUUGAUUCGUUGAGGAAACGGAUCUCAGAGCGGCGAACUGACUUGACAGCGAUUUUAUUAUACUUACAUGAUCCACAUAAGUACGAAGAAGACAAAAGUCUAUUUAUUUAUGAUGAAACAUUCAAUCUACCUCCAAAGAGUGUAAUACGCAAGGCCAUCAAAAAUAUAGUAGAAAGGCUAGAGUACACAGGAAGCAAUGCAGUAACCACUACUCCUGUUGAUGAUCCUUAUGACGACAUCCCUCUCUCUAAUCUCGAGACGCAAACGGCAGCCGCAGCACCAAUGUCACUUGAAAACGAACUCAAACUGACUUUGACUAGUAUCAAAAAUCCUGGCUCAACAGCCCAGCCACCUAGGUCUGGAAGUAUGAGUAACCUUGAGGUUUUGAUAAAGAAGGAAAUAAACUAUUUCGAGUCGGGUGGAUUAAAAGGCACUUACCUUCAGUUCGCCUAUAACGCACUUAUGACUAUUGUACCAACCAGCGUGGAAGCUGAGCGGGCUUUUUCAGCUGCUGGCUACCUUGUGUGCAAUAUCAGAAGCUGUUUAGCAGAUGACACAAUUAAUACUUUAACUUUUUUAAGAAGCUACUUCCAAAAUAAUGUUUAA